GCGCUAUAUAGGAGGGAGAGGGGGGAGCUGGGCUGCAGACAGAGCUGCUGCCGCCUGCUUUAGCCAUCGCUCACAGUCUUCUCGCGGCCGAGGAAAACUACAGCCUGCCAAGAUGUGCAAAGGAUUAGCAGCGCUGCCCCACACGUGCCUGGAGAGGGCCAAGGAGAUCAAGACCAAGUUGGGCACACUGCUCCAGAAGCCCGACUCAACCAUUGACUUUAUCAUCCCCUACCCAGAGAAGCCAGAGAAGCCGCCCAAGACCCAGAAGCCAUCACCGGAGGAGGCUCUGCAAUGGCGUGAUUCCCUGGAGAAGCUCCUGCAAAACCCCUAUGGGCUCGCCAGCUUCUGCAGCUUCCUGCGCUCUGAGUUCAGCGAGGAGAACGCUGAGUUUUGGGUGGCCUGCGAGGACUACAAGAAAAUCAAGUCCCCUGUGAAGAUGGCAGAGAAGGCCAAGAAGAUCUACGAGGAGUUCAUCCAGACUGAGGCACCCAAAGAGGUGAACAUCGACCACUUCACCAAGGCUGUGACCAUGAAGAACCUGGUGGAGCCAUCACCAAGCAGCUUUGACAUGGCCCAGAAGAGGAUCUUUGCCCUGAUGGAGAAAGACUCCCUGCCCAGAUUUGUGCGGUCGGAGUUUUAUCAGGAGUUAAUCAAGUAGCAAGGCGGCAGGGCUGUGCGAGGCAUUCCCCGUGGGCGGUCCCACUGCUUCUGUCUAAACACCUGCCCCUUCUCCUGCAGCUGCUUUGCUUUCUUGAUACUACCCUAAAAGAGCACGCAGGGGUGUUGCUAAACAUCUCCCCCUGUGCUUUGGACUGUCAGAUGGCCCAGUGUUUCUUCUCUUACAGUCUCUUUCCUCUCCCACAAAAGACCAAUUAGCAGAAACCGCUGGUGAUCCUCUCUGGGUUUGGGAGCCAGAAGGGUGGUGGAGCAGCCCCAGCCUUGCAGUGACCAAGAGCCACUUGGGCAGCUGGUGCAUCCCUGGCACUGUGGGGCUCGGAGGUUCUUAGGAUGUGGCCAUUUUUCUCCCAGUUUUGCCGGUAUCGCUGGUUUGGCACAGGCUUGCUCCCUCCUCCCAGCUUCCCAGGGUGCUGCUGAGGCUGCACAGGGUACCCACAGGGUGCCCCCACCCCCGUCUCAGUCCAGCGCACCUGCAGCCCCAGGGUGCAGCGUGGGUCAUGUCCACCAUGCGACUGGCAUCACCUUGUCCUCAGAAAGCGUCCUAUCAUCAGCAGACACAGUAUGUCACUAUGUCAGUGAUGGCGGUGCAGCAGGGAUGCAGCAGGGAUGCCUGCUGGCAUGGCAGGGACGGUGGCAUGGCAGGGACGGUGGCAGGGCAGGGACGGCAGUGUGUACGGCAGAGCCGGGAGCCACGCUGCUGUGUGCCGCAGGGUGCAUCCGGCUGGCACGAGGGGUGGGCGGCACCCCUUCCCCAGCGACUCCACAGGCUGGGAGGCAGCCUGUUUGCUUCACACUAAAGGCAGUAAAGAGGAUAAACCAAGAGCUCUUUGUUCAAAACACCGGGACUGUUUAGCAACCCAGACCUUCCGCUUGCUCCAACCCCUUGCAUGACAUGCUGAGCUCACAGUCUGCAGCCUCUGCCCGUGUCCCCAGUGCCUACGCACAGCCCGGAGCAACACCAGUGGCUGGUGGUGUGCUUGCAUUGCAGCUUUGGGGGUGCUGCUGCCGUGAUUUCAUGCUCCAGUUGCUUCUCUCUGCAGUAGGCAGGCCAAAGCGAUACUUCUGCACAAACCCAAUCCAGGGGCAUCAAUUAGAGGAGGGAGGAAAAUCAUGCUGGGGGAAAAAAAAAUGCUGCUAAUUGCAACUGUUCAGAUCCCAUUGAAAAAAAAAACCACCCAAACAACCCAAAACCCAAACCCAAGCCCAAAACCGUCAUUGGAAAUACAAAAAAUAAACCCCUGUCUCCUUGAACAGACGGCAAACUCUGCUGAGUUUGUGGCGCCUGCAUCACUCUCUCCUGUCUCCUCCCGCCUGCCCAGGACAUGUGUUUCCAUCAGGCUGUCUCUUAAAAAGCCCGGCUCUUUUCAAACGAUUCAAAGCCAGCCUACUGUUCGCUACCAGAGGAAAUCACACCUGAGGAUGGGGCAGGGGCAUACGUGAAAGGCAGCAGGGGUCUCGUUUCAGCCUCCAGGCAAAUGCGAUGAAUCCCUGCUCCAUGGGGGCCUGGAUCUUUCACCCCUGCGAUGGUUUCCUACUGCAGCAUCCGCAGGGCCAUGGCUUGCUACAAGCACGCUGCGGGGAUCGACCUGCCCAGCCGUCAGCCCGACAGAUGCGGGCAAAAUUACAAGCGACCGUGCUCCCAGCAGGCAGCUCGGACCAGCCACCACCCCCCCAAGGCUGCGCAACUUCAACUGCAAGUCACGAGACUCCAUGCGAGAUGCAAUAACAUAAACACCGGGUUUGCCAGCCUCGGCAAUGCUUCCGAAAUCUGAUCAAAACCCCACCAGCCCCAAAUAUUUACAUGUUGUCACUAUGGUGAUGAAGAAAAAUACAUCCCGAGCUGCAGGAAGUGGGCUGCGUUUUCCAGGCAGGGAUGGGGAGGCAAGGGAAGGAUGGAGGCCACCACAAAUGUGACUUUUGGAGCCAAUGGCCUGGGAAAGUCGGUGCUGGAGCGGCAGGGGUUGAUGCUCGCGGGGCAUUCCCCUGGGUGGAGCGCCAGGGGCAGCUUGGGCAUCCCCAAAGAGCCACGAGUGGCAGGAGGGUCCCGUCGAAAGCGCACAGAAUCCCCCCGUCAGCCCCCACUGCCCAGGUCUGGUGGGGGACGAGGGGGAGGCAGGAGCAGGGCUGGGUGCGGGACCAGGGGCUCGGCCAGCCCUUCCGCUGCUGGCUGCCCCACCGCCUCUGCCCACGCGCCCUCCUGGCUUCUCCACGAGCUGGUGUCAAGAUAACGGGGUUCAGCACGUUGAAGCUCCCUGUUCACCGUGUCACUCAUGGAAAUGCAAAAGCAAACAGGCUUCCCUGCAGAAAGACCCAGAUCUUUCAUUUUAGCUUAAUCCUUUGGCAGCUAUUUCCAGAUACCCUCACGUGAUUCACAGUUAAAUGCCAACGCCGGGAUGCUGCUGGAGGCUGGCUUGCGACGCGCCAUCAAAACCGGAGAUGUCACUAGCUGCAACAGUGACAUAUGGGGCACAGAGAAGGUGUCUGGGUAUGUACGUGCCGGAAAGAAAGGUGGAGGCUGGAUUCAGGAGAGGUGAAAUGGCUCUAUUGGAAAUCCCUCCCCAGCUCGAUUUCUGCUAAAAUGCUGGAAGCCUACUUUAGGGGGUGAUUGAACAGGUGCCAGUGAGCUACCAGGUGGCCAUAAAACGUGGCCCCUGAAACAUUUUGGAGCUCUGGGGAAGUUGUGUUUGUGUAGAAGGGUUGUUUGGCCAAUUACUCAGGCAGGCUCACCCCAGAAGUGCGGCAAUGCCUGUACCCACCCCACAGCUGAGCUUUUCACAGGCCCAGAGGUAUUCACUGUUGGGCUGAUACCAACCGUCAUAUACUUAUUUUAUCACUCUUGCUCUGAUGAAAUUUGGCAUAUGUAUGACCACUAUACACACAACGUUGUACAUCCGUAUCCAGAUAGUCAUAUAUAAGUAUAGACACACACACAUAUAUAUACAUACAUACUCCUAAUGUGGGCCUCUGGAUCCCCAGUGAGUCAGAGACUCCAAAAGCAGAGUUUCUGGAUAUUGUGCGUGGGGUCCGUCACAGAGAUGAGCGUGUGUGGGUCUAGUGCAGUCCCAGACCCCACUGAGGGAAACCUUGGCCACCUGCCCAAGUGAAUGUGAAGAUGCAACUUCCAAAUAAUCCUCCAAAAUCACCCCGUGCCCAUGGCUGCUGGGUGCCCACAGCCCCGGUGUGUCCUGGUGCCCGAGCCAGUGCAGGAGGCAGGUCUCGUGCUCCCCGAGGGACCCCAACCCCUGCCGUGGGGCAAGGCAACCCCACGCUGCAGCUGGGGUCCCCAGGCACCAGGCGUUGCCUCCAUGCCUGCUCCCCGCCACGGGGCCGUGCAGAGGAGGGCUCCCUACAGCUGCAUCCCUCGGAUUAACUGGGGACUGCCAACGCCUGCAAGGCAGCGGUGGGAGCUGCCCGCUGCCCAUGGCGGGGCUGAGGGUGUCCCAGGGCUUGCCCAGGCUCCCCCCAGUCCCUGGUCACUCCCUGGAGGGUGGUGAGUGCUGUGGACAAGGGCUGGAGCAAGGUCAGGAUGGGGGGUCGGCUCCUCACAGCCGCAACAGGUUUUCAGUCUGACGUUCUCCGUGUGAUUUCUACUAGAGAUCUUCACGUGGGGCAGACGCGGGAUGCUGGUGUGCACUGGGGAACUGGUUGUGUUAACCCAUAUUCUUGUACCACUCAGUAAUCCACACAUAAACAUGUAUUUCUGUUACUAUCUCGA